UGUGGUUGGAGAGAAGGUGUGGAAGAAUGUUAUGAGAAACCUAAAACCUUGAUAUUUGAUAAACCAGAAGAGGUCUGCACAAUUCAACCAAGACAGGUUUGUAAAUUUGUUACCCGCCUGGUUCCCCAGCUAAAGGAAGUAGAAACCUGUUUAGAUGUGCCAAAAGAAGUUUGUAACAGAGUCCUUAGAUCUCCAAGAAUGGUUGAGUAUCCAGUUGUAACAAGAUGGUGUUACAACUACAACAGUCCAGAAAACAGCUGUUCCGACACGUGUAAAACAGCUGCAUUGGCAGGGGAAUGUCUUCCAGAAUGUGAAAAAUUCAGUUCUGCCGAGUGCUGUGCAAAAAUACCAACCUGCCCUCAAAAAUGUCUAAAGGCGGCCCAAACAGGGGAGUGUCUCCAAGACUGCGACCAGUACACGAGUAUUCAAGGUUGUAAAUGUGACCGAAAAUGUCCCCAAAAGUGCUUGGAAGCUGCUGAGACAGGGUUUUGUGACCCGGAGUGCACCGAUUUCCAGGAUAUCCCCGAGUGCAAAUGUGUCAGACAAUGUCCGGCAAUGUGUACUUCGUUUAUUCAAUCAGGAGAAUGUCAGGAAAUGCCUGAAAUUUGUUUAUCCUUCUCAGAUCUUGAUGAGUGCUCUUGUAAACAGGUUUGCCCGGCAAAGUGUCGUGAGACUUUAGAGAAAGCAAGUUGCUCUGCCUUCAAAGAACAGGGGUGUCAGAAAUUCAGUUCUAUAUCUGGAUGUGAGUGCUCUAUAACCCAAGAACCUCAGGAACCCCUGAACCCCCUUGAACCCCAGGAACCACAGCAACCCCUGGAACCCCUGGAAUCACAGAAACCCCAGGAACCCAAGGAACCCCAGGAACCACAGGAACCCCUGGAACCCCUUGAACCCCUUGAACCCCAGGAACCACAGCAACCACAGGAACCCAAGGAACCCCAAGAACCCCUGGAACCUCAGUCUGCAGAGGAUAUCUUCUCCUCCCAACCUUUCUGUCCUGAGAAGUGUAUAGAUGCAGCAGCUCAGGGGGAUUGUCUUUUCGAUUGCAGGGAGUUCUCUGGCGACCCUAACUGCUGUGCCCCAAAAUGUCCUGCUAAGUGCACAAGUAGAGCAAAGCGGAGGGGUGUUUGCGCGGCGGAAGGCGUUCCUGAGUGUAAGAAUGUUCCUGGCUGCUGCCCUGAACUAUACACAGCUCUUUUUGGAAGUCCUGCUUUUUUCAAAGACAAUUUUUAAACUGUCAUAAAAGUGUUUAGUUUUUUUAAUUAUAUGAUUACUAAA